AGCAGCUCAGCCUUGGACCCUGCCACGUCCUUGGCUUGACCAGGUCUUGGCUUGCUAGUGAUGGACAGCACCUCUUUUUCCCCUUCCCCCUUCUCUGCCAGCUGCCCCACGGAGCAGCCUGACACUGCCACUGACCAUGACUACUACUCUGGCCUGCAGAAGGCCAUGCACAUCCUCUCCAUGGUGGUGUACAGCAUCGCCUGUUUGCUGGGGGUGUCAGGCAACGGCCUCGUCAUUUGGAUUGCAGGCUUCAAGAUGAAGAAGACGGUGAAUUCCAUCUGGUUCCUCAACCUGGCCAUAGCUGACUUCAUCUUUACCUUCUUCCUGCCCCUCAGCAUCGCCUACACCGCCCUGGGCUUCCACUGGCCCUUUGGGAAGCUGCUGUGCAAGCUGAACAGCACCAUGGCCUUCCUCAACAUGUUUGCCAGCGUCUUCCUCCUGACGGUGAUCAGCAUGGACCGCUGCGUUUCUGUGGCGUUCCCCGUCUGGUCUCACAACCGCAGGAGCCCGGAGCUGGCGGCCAGAAUCGCGCUGGGGACGUGGGGCCUGGCUGUGCUGCUCAGCUCCCCGUACCUCGUCUUUCGGGACACCCUGGUCAGCUCCAGGAACGUCACCAGCUGUUACAAUAAUUUUGCUCUGUCUGAUGAUUAUACGUCGGAGGCGACGCGCAGGCUGUGGAGGAUGCGGCACAAGGCGAUGAUCGUCACGCGGUUCUUAUGUGGGUUCCUCAUCCCCUUCAUGGUGAUUCUCAUCUGCUACAGCGUCGUGGCUGUCAAGCUGAAAAGAAGGCAGUUGGCCAACUCUGCAAAGCCCUACAGAAUCAUCAUUGCUGUCACAGUCUCGUUUUUCCUCUGUUAUUUCCCAUAUCACGUCUUCUCCUUGCUGGAAAUAUCCAACAACUCUUCCAGCCAUGAGAUGAAACUGGCCCUUUACAUAGGGAUCCCCUUGGUUUCCAGCCUUGCUUUCUUCAACAGCUGCAUCAACCCCAUCCUGUACGUCUUUGUGGGGCCGGAUUUCAAGGAGAAGUUCCGCCAGUCCAUCCUGUCCACCUUCGAGGGGGCCCUCAGCGAGGAGUCGGUCCUGGGCAGCCUGACCGGCCGGCGCAAGUCCAGGUCUGCUUCAGAGGUGGAGGUGCCAAGGGUCUGAGCAGGGCCUGCUGUGGAAGGGGCCAUUCUUUUCUCUGCAAUUUCCCUCAUUUCAGAGCUCAAAUCGUGGGACUGGGGACUGCGAAGGGUUGCAUAUGGUAGCGAGGUGGGAUUUUGUGUUUUGGAGAUGUCUCAAAUAUGCUGUGAUUGAACACACCGUGGGGAUGGAAGAGCUCUCUGAAGCUGCAGCAAGGUGGGUCAAAGUAGCAGCAUUUUACUCCUUGUGCCUUUUGACUCUUGUGUAUGGAGGCUUUAUAGAAAUAAGGUUAAACACAAUGGCUGUAUGUACUUUUGUAGAGAAUGGAAUAGUGACUAAGACACUCUUUUCUCUCCUCAGACAGGACAAAUCAGUGGUUGUGCUGCUGUUACUCAGAUUUGAUGUAUUUCUGAGCAAUGCUAAUCUCUGUUUGUGUUUGACAUGCUCCCAGCCCUUAAAUAGUAGAGAUCUGAUAUUUUGUGCUGUUGGUGAAUGAAUAUUGUCCCCCAAUAAACUUGUGUAAAACA